CGCCUCUUUGACCUUCUCCCACCCACAACUACGCCUAAGAUGGCGAACCAAACCACGCCCCAACGCAGAUUUCCGCUGCGUUAUAUCGCUACUUUCCUAGCCCUAUUGGCGUCGGUUAUUAUUGGCCUCGUUGCGAGCAAUGGCAACGCGUCACCGUCCGUCCAAGAAUACUAUGGCUCCUCGGAAUCACGAUUCGGAUACUGGCUGUUACUCGGCAACACCAGGCAUUGCGGGCUAUACAGGAAAGGUCAACUGUCUCCUUUCCCGAUCUCUACUGCGCACCGAGCGAUGGAGCAGAAGCUAUACACCCGGCUGGAAUUGAGUCCAGGAUCGAAGGUCCUUGAUGCGGGUGCAGGUUCAGGAUAUGUCGCCAUAUACAUGGCUCAGAAAGGCUUGAACGUUCAAGCCAUCGAUAUCACGCCCCACCACAUCGCAGAUGCUAGAAAGAACAUCAAGAAACAUAAGCUGGAAGACAAAGUGUCGGUCGAGUAUGGUGACUACCACGAUCUAUCCUCUUUCCCGGACGAGUCCUUCGAUGGUAUCUACACAAUGGAAACGUUUGUGCAUGCAGAUGAUCCAGUCAAAGUGCUCCGCAACUUCUAUCGCCUUUUGAAACCAGGCGGUGCUCUUGUCCUCCACGAAGCCGACUUCAGUCGCAACACAGGAACACUCCAGGACGUCCUUCGCUUGUCACAUUGUCAAAAUACACUAGAAGAGGGUGGAUAUCAGGAGCUCACCGAGAAAGUGGGAUUUAAAGACUUCUCCUUGGAAGACUUGACCGACGAGGUACUUCCUAUGUGGAGGCUCUUCGGCGUUCUGGGCUAUCUUCCUUACCAGUUGUUUCGUAUCCUUGGCAUACAGGACCGAUUCAUUAACGUCAUGGCCGGCGUUGAGGCUUGGCUCAACUGGGGGGAUGGAAGAUAUAUCUCUGUAAGAGUUUUGAAGCCUUAAAUGUAGUGUAGCGGAGCGAACACAGUUUGAAAAGUGCAGAAUAAUGACGGAGAAUCUAGCCUCCCUUCAAUUAUGUAACGCAUUAAUUAGUAGAUUCUGUAUUUUACAAGCGAAUAGUCUACACAAGC